UCACGGGCUAUUUAACAGCGCGCCCACAGGAUUCUCUUCGGUCCGUCAGCGGCUCUCGGACACACUGAAGUCUUACAGCAAGUCCAGCCGGGACAGACGCGCAGCAUGGCGGCCAAGAAAGUCUGCAUUAUCGGCUCUGGGAACUGGGGUUCUGCCAUUGCCAAGAUAGUGGGCGCCAAUGCAGCAAAAUACAACACGUUUGAAAGCAAAGUGAACAUGUGGGUGUUUGAGGAGAUGGUCAACGGACGCAAUCUCACUGAAAUCAUCAACACCGAACACGAGAAUGUUAAAUAUUUGCCUGGACACAAGCUGCCGCCCAAUGUGCUGGCGGUUCCAGAUCUGUUGGACUCGGUAAAGGGUGCAGAUAUUCUCAUUUUUGUCAUCCCUCACCAAUUUGUGGCCCGAAUCUGUGACACCAUCAAGGGUCACAUCAAGACGGACGCUGUGGGAAUAUCCCUCAUUAAGGGUGUGGAUGAGGGUCCCGACGGACUGAAACUGAUCUCUGAUGUCAUUAGGGAAAAACUUGGCAUCACCAUGACCGUGCUUAUGGGAGCCAAUCUGGCCAAUGAGGUUGCUGAUGAGAAAUUCUGUGAAACUACGAUUGGGUGUAAAAGCAAAGCUCACGCACCCCUGCUGAAGGAACUGAUGCAAACACCAAACUUCCGUGUGACGGUGGUGGAGGAUUCUGACGUUGUGGAGAUCUGUGGGGCGUUAAAGAACAUUGUGGCAGUGGGCGCUGGUUUCUGUGACGGUCUGGAGUUCGGUGACAACACCAAGGCCGCCGUGAUCCGUUUGGGUCUGAUGGAGAUGAUUGCCUUUGCUCGACUAUUCUGCACGGCCAGUCCGGUCUCUCCCGCCACGUUUCUGGAGAGCUGCGGCGUCGCCGACCUCAUCACCACCUGCUACGGAGGACGCAACCGCAAAGUCGGAGAAGCGUUCACUAGAACGGGGAAAUCUAUCGAGGAGCUCGAGAAGGAACUGCUGAACGGCCAGAAACUUCAAGGUCCAGCAACCGCAGCGGAAGUUCAUCAGAUCCUCAAACACAAAAACCUGGUGGAAAAGUAACUAUCUUUGUGCUCUUCACAAUCAGUGCUGGGUUCCCCCUGUUUAAUGCGGUUUAUCAGAUCUGUUUCCAGGGUCACCCAGUCAAAGAGUUCAUCUCCUGUCUACAGAACCAUCCAGAACACAUGUAAACAUCAUCAUGGACAUUACGGCUGUUUUAGUUGUUUUUUCAUUAACACAUUUUGAAAUAUCUGUCUUAAUGUUGUGAAUUAAAAGUGCAUAAAAUUUUAUUUGGGAUAAAAUGCAUUUUAAUGGAUUUUUGACCUGUUUUCAAGUCUUACACUCUUGCAAACUACAUGUAACAUUUCUUAUUCUGUAAUGUUGCUGCCAAUGAAAAAGUGCCUUAAAGUUGGAAGUUGCUUUUCCAUGUGCCAUAAAAACAGAUUUGGUUCA